AUGGAUAUUAAAGAAUUCAUUUUUAAGCAUUUUGAAGGUUUCUUUCAAGAAGAGGUUUGUUCUAGACCGGAGCCACAUGGGAUUAACUUGAAUAAGCUAUCGAUGGUGGAUUCCUUGGAGUUAGAAAAACCUAUCUCCGAAGAAGAGGUCAAGGAUGCUAUUUGGUCGUGUGAUGGGAAUAAAAGUCCGGGUCGGGAUGGUUAUUCUUUGGAAUUCUUCAAAAGAUUUUGGUUUCUCCUUAAAGACGACUUGUUGAAGUUAUGCAACGAUUUCCACUCAAAAGGUACGCUUGUCAAAGCUAUCACUUCCUCUUUUCUUGCGCUUAUUCCUAAUAAGAAGAAUCCGCAAGACUUGUCCGAGUACCGUCCUAUUUCUCUAGUGGGGAGCAUAUACAAGAUUAUAGCAAAGAUUUUGGCGGCUAGAAUGAGAUGUGUUUUGGAUAAAUUGGUUUCUCCUAAUCAAACCGCUUUUGUUCCGGGUAGGAGUAUGAUGGAUGGGGUUCUAAUGGUAAGCAAAAUUCUUGAUUGGGCAAAAAGAAAAAAGAGGGGGUGUCUUUUACUCAAAGUGGAUUUUGAAAAGGCUUACGAUUCUAUCUCUUGGAAUUACCUUAGGUGGAUUAUGGGAAGAAUGGGGUUCGGGAAAAGAUGGUUGAAAUGGAUGGAAUCUUGUAUCUUCACUAUUCAUAUGUCCGUUUUGGUGAACGGUAGCGCUACCAAAGAGUUCAAAGUACAAAAAGGUUUACGUCAAGGAGAUCCGAUUUCCCCUUUUCUCUCUGUCAUUGCUAUGGAAGGUCUUAGUGCGCUUAUGAAGAAAUCGGUGGAGGUGGGGGAUUUUAAACCGUUUAAAUAUGGCGAGGAAGAUUAUGUGGACAUUCUCCAAUUUGCGGACGACACCGUAAUUAUUGGAGAACCUUCUUGUGAUAAUCUUUGGAACAUGAAAGUGUUGUUGAGAGGCUUUAAGCUUGUUUCCGGUUUGAAAAUCAACUUUCACAAAAGCAAAUUUUUCGGAAUUCAUAUUGGAGAGUGGCUUUCUUACUCGGCAACCUCUUUCCUUUCUUGCAAAAAAGGAACUUUUCCUUUUAAAUUUCUUGGUGUGUGGGUGGGUGAAGGCGCUAACAAGAGGAGAGCGUGGAAGGAGGUAAUUUCUAACAUCAAAGCAAGAUUGUCGAUGUGGAAGGGGAGAAAUAUCUCCAUAGGUGGAAGGGUCACUCUUAUUGGUUCGGUGCUUAAUGCAAUCCCAAUCUUCACUCUUUCUUUUUUUAAAGCUCCGAACAAAGUUAUUCAAGAGAUUAAAGGUUUCCUUAGUAAUUUCUUGUGGAAAGGGAAUGUGAACAAAAGAAGCAUUCAUUGGGUGAAGUGGGAGAAUGUUUGUAAACCUAAGGGGAAAGGUGGAUUAAGAAUUAGAGAUGUUGGUGAUAUGAAUAGAUCCCUCCUUCUCAAAUGGAAGUGGAGAAGUUUGAAGGAGGACAAAGCCAUUUGGAGUAGAUUUCUUCUCUUCAGAUAUCAAAAUCCGAAAUUCAAAGUGUUAGCUUCUAGUGGGGAAGUUUUAAACCGUGACGAUUCUAGUUGGUGGAGAGACAUCAUCCUUAACGAUUUUAAAGAGGAGGAUUCCGUUGAAGGCUUCAAAGAUUGGGUCAAAUGUGAACUCAAAAGAGGUAAUAACAUUCUUUUUUGGCAUAGUUGUUGGUUGGGUCAUCAAACUCUUCGCGUUUCCUUCCCGCAUUUGUUCGAUCUUUCAACCAAUAAACUUUCCAAAGUUAGUGAUGUCUUUUCUUGGAAUGAUGGUGCCUUUAAUUGGAACAUUAACGGUCUCUUCGAAAUUGACGAUUUCGUUCACUUGAAUUCGGAUUUCACUCAUGACGCCUUAAAUGAUACUCCGACGGCUUUUGUUCUUCAAGUAAGGGAGCUAAAAGUGUUGCUAAAAGGAAUAGUUCCGAAUAAUACGGAAGAAGACAACUUCCAUUGGAAGCUAAACCCAAAUGGUGUGUUCUCGGUUGCAAGUGUAUCUAACUUGGUAGCUAAUGCAAAAGACAUGGCUUGGUCAACUAAUGUCAUCAAUUUGUUGGAAGCUAUGUGGAAGGCUAAGAUUCCGAAAAAGGUUAAAAUCUUUUGUUGGAGAUUUUUCAUAGAUAGACUUCUUCUAAAAGACCUUUUGGCCCAUAGAGGUGUCUCUAACUUCAACUCUAUGGAUUGUUUAUUUUGCUCUAAUCAUCCGGAAUCAUCGGAACACCUCUUCUUUCAAUGUCAAGUUUCGAAAGUGGUAUGGGAAAAUAUCUACACUUGGUUGGGAGAUGACUUGGAGUUUACCUUGGACGAGUUCAAAACUUUUGGUUACAUCGAAGAAAAAGUGAGGAAAUCCAACACUAGAGUUAAAUUAAACUCAAUUUGGUUAGCUCUAAUUUGGUGCAUUUGGAUAAUGAGAAAUGCCAUUAUUUUUGAUAAUGCUUCUUUUAGCUUUGAAGUUGUGAUCUCUAACAUUUUGUUUUUUUCUUGGAGAUGGUUGUGUAAUAGUGACUAUACUUCUAGGACUAUUUUUUAUGAUUGGUACAAGUUACCUUUAAACUGUUUUAACUCUAUUUAG